AUCUGCCAUUCAUGGCCGCGGUCUGUUUUGUAAGAGGAACAUUGAAUCGGGGGAGAUGGUCAUCGAGUACGCAGGCAUCGUCAUUCGCGCAGUGCUCACAGACAAAAGAGAAAAGUACUACGACGGCAAGGGUAUCGGCUGUUACAUGUUCCGCAUCGAYGACUUCGACGUGGUGGACGCCACCAUGCACGGCAACGCGGCCAGGUUCAUCAACCACUCGUGCGAGCCCAACUGCUACUCACGGGUGAUCAACGUGGAAGGCCGGAAGCACAUCGUCAUCUUCGCCCUCCGCAAGAUCUACCGGGGGGAGGAGCUCACCUACGACUACAAGUUCCCCAUCGAAGACGCCAGCAACAAGCUGGGCUGCAACUGCGGGGCCCGGCGAUGUCGGCGAUUCCUCAACUGAGCGAUGAGUGGGCCUUAGCUAAAAUUGGCAAUUGCGUUGAGGCCGUUUUUUUUUUUUUUUUUUUCGACACUUUAUGACAGAAACUUUUCACCUCUGUGUGUGUGUGGAGGGGUGAGUUCAGCACUCUUCUAUUCAUGAGAAUCCUUACACCCACAACUGUGCCCGCGUAGCAGUUGUCAAGGAUGUGGUUUUGCUUUUUUUACGACCACACAAAUGAUGAAGCGGAAACAAGUAGAGCUCGUAGAUGUAAAUGAACGAGAUGCCAACAAAACAAAAUGUUCUGAGACGCUCACCAAGCCUUAUAUGUUUUUGAAUCAUUGCUGAAAAUCCUAUAUAUAUAUUGUUUUCUAGGAGGGCGGUGCCUUUUCAYAGAACCAUUUUUUAUUUUUAUUUUAAAUAGCCGCUCCAUCCUUUAGUGACAGGUGCUUCUGUAGCACCCCAACCCCCAUUUGUGCAGUGGUGAAGUCAGUUCAUGAGCCAAACCUAUUUUUUAUUUUUUUUUCCUCACAUUCAAACUUAUUUUCUUUUAAAAUGUACAUUUUGUGAAUAACUAAACAACCAUGGUGCUAAGCUUUGAAAGCUUGUUUUUUUUUUUUUGUUUGUUUGUUUGUUUUUGGUCUUCAAAACAUCUCGCGAAUCAGGAACUGUUUAGCUGUACCUUCUCCCUGCUGAGAUCACUCGUAGUCUAAUUAUGCACUCAAGCUAACGUUUCUCGAACCGUGCAACGAUCUCCAUCUACUGCCACACAUCUACUAGUUUUCAUCCACUUUCUUCCAGAUUGGUCGUCGCAAAGUACUGCUUUCAGUCAGUAACAUUGUGCCGUACGCCGUGUCUUAACUUUUACUUUAUUUUUUUAAUUCAAUUUUUUUGCUCAGUGUACAAUGUAGCAAACACUACCCAGGCCAAAAGUGAAGAUUUGUGGAGGAAUUCACCUUUUUAGAUAYAUAUACUUUUAUUCUCUCGGCAGAUGCUCGUUACUUAUCGCAAUAAGUGGUUUGCUGCCCUGCGGUUGCACUCUUUAAUAUAAACAUCCAACGUAGAAAUGAUGAUUGUGAAACCUGCUACAGUCCCUCUAAAUCAGGGAGAGCGCUAGGGGGAGCAAAAAAUAAAAUAAAAUAAAAAAAAUGCAUUUGCUACUGAGUGUUCAGCUUUGGAUGCUGAUGACGCGGAGCUGAGAAAGUGUUCAGCACCUUUUGAAACAAUGUUUAUAGUUCAGUAACGAGGCAAGUGGAAAUCACACUGUUUCARUUGUAUUUAUUUGUGUUUUAUUUCUUUUUUUUUA